UAAAGUAGGACUCUCAAUGAUUAAAAGAUCGCAAUUCACCAAAGCCUACGAUCGAGAUCUAGGGUUUGAUCGAUCCAAUUUUCCCUAAUUUAUUUUUGUUUUUUAAUUGUUUGUUUUGGUUUUUUCCUCUUGAAAUUAUCAUCAUGAAUUGCGAAGUCUGUCAACUCAAAGAACUGGAAGUGGAGCAUUUCGAAAUACGGGAAGUUUUGCGUUGCAUUUUACAUACAAUAGUGUUUCAUAGAGCAUUAGGUCUAGUUCGGCCCAAAGAUGUUGAUCUGGAGCUUUUUGAAAUUACUUAUGUGCAAUGUGGGGAUGUGGAACUUGAGAAGAAAAUAGACGAGAAGAUUGAUCAUUUCAUAAGUUGGGUGGAAAAACAUCCCAAUAAGAAAAGCCAGAUAUGCUUAUCGUUUUAUGAGGUAAAAAGCAAGCAGCCAUUUUGGUUCGCUAACAAAACUGAGCGUUUAUAUUGGGAGCAAUGGUAUGUCAAUUUGAAUGUGACUCAACACCCUAAACACCAUUCAAGCAAAUCUCAUCAUACCAAAGUGGUUGUUGACCCUGGAGAGAGUGCUAUUGAGGAGAGAAGUUCUCGCAGAGCAAUGGUUGAAGCAUCUCUUCGAGAGGUUCUGUUUCAAAUAAUAAAGUUUGUUAAUGAGAAGAAGGACCAUGUGCCCCCUAUAUCCGAGGGUGUUAUCUAUUUUCCAUAUGAAAUUACCAUACCAAGGAAGUUUCAAUGAGGAACAUGUUUAGAAAUGGUGAGUUAAUAUUGUGCUGCCAUUACUCAGUUCAUCAGAUUCUGCGUUCGGAAUGGACAUGAUCAAGAGGAUGCUUCACAGCGGGCAUCCAACCAUGCUCAGCUGAUUAUUGGACCGGGCAAGCAUUUUCAACUCGGGUAAAAAACUGUUCCUAUACUUGAAAUAUUCUUAAAUGCACGAAUAGAAUUUGUAACAAAGCAAAGUGAUGAUCAGACGAAAGCUAAUGAGGCAGACAAGCUGGAUUAUAAUAUCUGAAGGUAUAAUAGCAUGGUGCAAGACUGAAUUCAUCAGCUUGUAAAUAUCACAUGCCAUCUAUUAUCCUUUUACUUUCUUAAGAUGCCAUCCUUGACUGUAUAACACUAUUACUUAAAGGAACUCUAUGGGUGAACAAU